CAUCCGGUUUGGGUCGGUUGCCCUGGAGACCGAUACACAGAGGAACGGAUCCUAGUGCAGGCCGGGAGGUGGCGGAGGUCCUGUUAUCUGCAGACCAGCUGCGCCUGGCGGACCAGCUACACCAUGAGCCAGCGGCAGGUGCUGCAAGUGUUCGAACAGUACCAGAAAGCCCGGACGCAAUUCGUGCAGAUGGUGGCGGAGCUGGCGACCAGACCCCAAAACAUCGAGACGCUGCAGAAUGCAGGUGUAAUGUCUUUGCUGAGGCCUCUUCUUCUGGACGUGGUCCCGACAAUUCAACAGACUGCUGCUUUGGCUCUGGGGAGAUUGGCCAACUACAACGAUGACUUAGCAGAAGCAGUUGUGAAGGGCGACAUUCUUCCACAGCUUGUUUACUCACUGGCAGAACAAAAUCGUUUCUACAAGAAAGCAGCUGCCUUUGUGCUGAGAGCAGUUGGUAAACAUUCUCCGCAGCUAGCCCAGGCCAUAGUUGACUGUGGAGCUCUGGACACACUGGUGAUAUGCUUGGAAGAUUUUGACCCUGGAGUCAAGGAGGCUGCAGCCUGGGCACUUGGAUAUAUUGCAAGACAUAAUACAGAAUUAUCUCAAGCUGUGGUGGAUGCAGGAGCAAUUCCUCUUUUAGUUCUCUGUAUCCAGGAGCCAGAAAUUGCUUUGAAAAGGAUUGCUGCAUCUGCCCUCAGUGAUAUUUCCAAGCAUUCUCCAGAGUUAGCACAGACAGUGGUGGAUGCUGGAGCUAUUGCUCACUUAGCCCAGAUGAUCCUCAACCCUGAUGCAAAAUUGAAGCGUCAAGUCCUUUCAGCUCUCAGUCAAAUUGCAAAGCAUUCUGUGGACUUGGCAGAGAUGGUUGUUGAAGCAGAGAUUUUCCCCGUUGUGCUCACCUGUCUGAAGGACAAAGAUGAAUAUGUGAAGAAAAAUGCUUGUACUUUAAUUAGGGAGAUUGCAAAACAUACGCCCGAGCUUUCUCAGUUGAUUGUUAAUGCAGGAGGUGUGGCUGCCGUGAUUGACUGCAUCGGGUCCUGCAAAGGGAAUAUACGGCUGCCUGGCAUCAUGAUGCUGGGUUACGUGGCCGCUCACUCUGAGAACCUGGCCAUGGCGGUGAUCAUCUCCAAGGGUGUACCCCAGUUGUCAAUCUGCCUCUCAGAAGAACCAGAAGAUCACAUUAAGGCUGCUGCUGCCUGGGCCUUAGGACAGCUGGGAAGACACACGCCAGAGCACGCCAGGGCUGUGGCGGUCACAAACACGCUGCCAGUUCUGCUGUCUUUGUACAUGUCACCGGAGAGCUCUGAGGACUUGCAGGUGAAAAGUAAAAAAGCCAUAAAGAAUAUCCUUCAAAAAUGCACCUACCUCCCAGCCCUCGAGCCGUUCCUGUACGAUGCGCCUCCCAACAUCCUGAAACACGUUGUUGGGCAGUUCAGUAAGGUGCUGCCGCAUGACAGCAAAGCUCGGCGGCUUUUUGUAACUAGCGGAGGACUUAAAAAGGUCCAAGAGAUAAAAGCGGAGCCCGGCUCUCUCUUGCAGGAAUACAUCAACAGCAUUAACAACUGCUACCCAGAGGAAAUAGUACGAUACUAUUCACCUGGAUACUCAGAUACACUUCUACAGAGGGUGGACAGCUACCAGCCACUUGCCAACUGAAGAAAGCAUAUUUUUGUACUCCUCAGUGUUCCAGGAGAGUAUGAAUAAUGAUUGUUAAAAUUCUUUGAAAGUACAUUCUAGCUUUAUUCAAUGUGAGAUACCUUUAGAUAAUGUUUUCUAAGUGUGUGUAAUAGUUUAAGAAUAAGUAGCUGGAAUAUAUGAAGGACUAGUCAUAGUCAUUUGCAUGCAUAGGAAUUUCUCUAAUGAUAGACUUAAAAAGAUAUUAUUAAAAGGUUUAAAACAUUUGUUAUUGUUCUGCUGAAAACCACAUACAAACACACCCUCCAACUAGCUGAGAAAUGCUCUUCAGCAAUGGUUAGGCUAUUUCAGCCAUUUUCUAAUACACAUAGCUAAGGAAAACUUGCCCUUCAAGUUACACAGAAGCAUCUAGAGGGAAAAGACCUGAAAGGUGAACCUGAUGACAGAGGCCAAUAACCUUGAAAGAGGCUCUGAUGCUGGUCACUCAAACACACUGGACUAAUGCAGGAGCUGGAGAGCCUGUUAGGUUUCACAAGAACUUAGGCACAGUCUUCUCAUUCCCGCUAGUUUUGAAGCUCUUUUCCUUCACUCUGGGGUUCCUCAUUGAAGGGUUCCCAGCAUUACAUUCUGGUAUCUGUGCUCUCCAUUCCUCUUGAGAAGUUUCUUAUUCAUGAUCCAUACUCAAGGAUAAGACAUGGAAGAUUUGCCUCCAUUACUCCCUUGUCCUGGGUUCACUUCACCCAACUUCAGAAGUCAUGUUUUCAGGGAUUUAAGUAAUUUGAGCAGAAUACACCAGACUCAGACUUUAUUGACAUUUUAUGUUAGAUUCAGUAAUGGGGUCAAAGAAGAUUUCAAUAAAAUGUUAAAAACAGCA